AUGGCGUUACCUCAACAAAAGCAAACGGUCGUGACCACGGUCGCUCGCUUGACGCCGAAAGAGGCGAAAAGACAGCAGCGCCAUCGAAAAAUCCGUUCCAGACUCACUGGAACUGCCGAUAGGCCGAGAAUUAGCGUGUACAGAAGCAACCAACACGUCUUUGUGCAAGUCAUCGACGACGACGCGCAAAAGACUUUAGUUUCCUUAGGUACGCAGAGUCAAGAGGUCAAAGCGGUCGUUGGUUCCGAAGAGUGGAAAACGAAGACUGUGGCUGCGGCGAGUGAGUUGGGUAAGAUGUUGGGUAAGAAGUGCGUCGACGCCGGCAUCACAUCUGCCGUGUUUGAUAGAGGAGGAUUUUUGUACCACGGCAGAGUAAAAGCCGUAGCGGACGGUUGUAGAGAGGCUGGUGUGGCUAUCUAA